GGUGACAUUGGACAAUGCAAAAGUCGAUUUGGUUGAUUUAUCAAAUAUUAAACCUAAAAAUCGUUUUCAAUGCAUGUGAAAUACGAAAGCAAAAUUACGAAGUUGUGCAAAAUACCAAGUUUUCAUCUCUAUCAUCAAACAAAAUUGUUUUAAAGAACUUUUCAUAUUGUGCUUUAACUUGUCUGUCGGAUGGAAAUUGUUGUGCCGCUAGUUACCUUGAAUCUUUUAGAGAAUGUUACCUCGUGGAUAAUGAUAAUUGUUAUGAUUCUACAGAGACAGAAAAUGGAUGGGUAGUACUUCGAAUAAAACUGUUGACGAAAAGUAUCUUUACAGUACCUAAAACCUGGAUUGAUGCUCAGGACUAUUGUGAUUCAUGGGGUGGACGACUGGCCACGGUAUCAAGCCCUUCGGAGAAUGAGUACAUGCUGGAUAUGACCGAUCGUACACAACCCGUUUGGAUAGGAGGAACAGAUGGUUUAAUCGAAGGACAGUGGAAAUGGCAUACCUCGACAAAUUCAGAGAACCUGAUUACAAAAUUCUACUGGGGAAGUAACCAACCGAACAAUUACAACAACCAAGACUGCUUAGCUUACUAUAAACUAAAUGCUAUUGAAUAUAAAUGGGCUGACGAAGAUUGCAACACGAUGUAUCAAUUCAUUUGUGAAAAAUAA